AUGAGCCAGGAAAAGGAUAUUCUGACAAUCUGUGGAGGCCCAAACACACAACAAAAUGAACGACCUUCAAAAUCACCAAUCGCCCACUUCAUCACCUCCAAGCACCAACCCCAAAUCCUCUCCUCACCAGUGACUCGCAUUCUCGCAGUAGCUCACGAGCAACAAGCAAACACAAAUCCGUGGUGUUUCUACCUCCAGUCAUCCCCCAACACCUCCAUCUGCCUGGACUAUCAACCCAGCUACAGCGUUCCCAGCACUAACAUCCAAGGCGGCUCCAAGGCAAACCUGAUCCUCUCAGAGCUGCCGUAUCUUCUGCCACCUGAUGCACAGGCAGAUUUUGCUCUGGAAGUUGUUCCGGGGCUGACGGUUGUGGGUGUUUAUGAUAGAUUGGUUGAGCAUGGGCAUCAUAAGUACGAGUUUGAUUCGAAGGGUGUGGGGUGUAGGCUUUUGGGCCACAGAGCAGAUGGAUGUUUCGCUGAGAGAGAAUCUCAUCACAGAUGA